CCCAAUAUAUAUUCUUUCUUUCCUCUCCUUCCUUCCUUCCUUCCUUCAGUUGCCGACGCCCAAUUGGAUCCAUAGAAGCUCUGAUUUCUUCUCUUCUUCUUCAAGGUCACUUUUUGCAAUGACAAGUGAAGAAGGUGGGAUUGAGAACAAGCCAUCUACAGAUCCCAAAAAUCCAGCUAUGAAUUCAUGUAGGAAAAAGAAGAAAGAUGAAGCAAGUUUCUUGGAAGAUGUAAAAGAUCAUAUAGAUGAGUUUAUCAAUGCGUCCAUGGAUGACCACAAAACUUGCUUCAACAAGACCAUCAAGAAGAUGUUUGGAAUGUCUAAGAUCGUUGCUGAGAGGAAUGCAGAAGCUAAGGAAGUCGAAGUUUCUUUGCCACUUAAAACUGUUUUUUCCGAUUAGGUACGCCGCUGCCACAAUCAUUAUCUAUUCUCAAUCCUAUAUUCCUAGUUUUUUUUGUAAAAUGAUCUUCCAUUUGAUUUAAUAAUGAGAAUUUCAUUUGUAAAUCUUAUUUUCUAUCUCAAAAUAUAAUGUGUACUAUAUUAGAUGUGUU